UUAUGUUUAAUUGAUGGUUUAUAGAUUUUUGAUAGUUUUAGUGGCUUUUAUUGGUUUAAUAAUUUUGAAAUCCAAUCUAUCUACGUGGUCGGUUCAUGGUCGAACCAAUUACUAAACCCACUUUUUGUCAUAUGAAAAUUCAAAAUGAUUAUCUGGGCAUUCUAGGCCCAAUAAUAUUCGUUCGCCCAUUUACAUUCUUCUCGUCAGCUAUUUUCCCGCCAAAAUGAAUUGGGAACAGAGCUUUAUCACCGCCGUGAAAAGGGCAAAGCACAACUGUAAAAGAGUGAGAUUUGUCCUUCUCCUCCAAAGACGACGGAACAUUCGCCGCAGUUCUCUCCGACAUCGGCCUCUUCUUAGUCAAACACGAAGAUGGAUCUCACCAUUAAUGCCGUUACAGAGACUUGGAUCAAAGACACUUCCUCACCAAAGUUUUGGACCACGUGUCCAUUCUGUUCCGUGUGUUACAGAUUACAUAGAAGCUUCGUCAGCAAACAGACAAGAUGUCGAUGUUGUAACAAGGACUUCACCGCGCGUGAGACCCCUCUUCAAGGCCUUUCGUCUAAAGACAGUACACCUAAAAGGAUACUGAGUCAAAUGCUCCGUGAAACACAUCAGUACCAUCCGGUUGCUCCUUCCAGUUCCGGUCCAAGCUUUUGGACCACGUGUCGAAACUGUGGGUGUAGACAUCGUUUUCUUAGAGUGUAUUUAGACAAAUGGUUCGUUUGUCCGAGUUGCAAGGAGGAGACCAUUGCAAUGGAAGUACUUUCAAGUUCAGGUGAGGUUCGGUUCAGCAAAUGGUUCCAAGAGUUUAGAUCCAUGUGUAAGAAUGAGGCUGCGUCUGUCUCUGGAAACAAAAGCUCUCCUGGUGAGAAGAGAAAGAGGGAAGAAGAGGUUGCUGCUUUGUCUCAAAACCACAGCAAGCCUGAUGGUGUUAUUGGUAGCGGUGUAGACAAUAACAGAAGAGGAUUCAAUGGUAAUGGAGAUGAAGCGUCAAGCUCUGGGAAUGCUAAGGUGGAUAACAACUUUUGUUUACGUGAUUCAAGUUCAGGAGGUGGUGUACAACCAAAGAUUGCUGGUCUGAAGUUUAACGACUUUGGUAAGCUGAGGGAAGAAGUAAACUUUGCAGUUGGCCAGGUGUGGGCUCUCUAUGACACAACAGAUAAGGUUCCUAGACAGUAUGCUCUCAUCAGAAAAGUUUCAGUUCCUUCUUUCGGGCUUAGGAUCACAUAUCUAGAGCCAGAUCCUGAUGAUGAGGAAGAGAUCCAAUGGUUUGAAGAAGACUUGCCUGUUUGUACUGGUCAGUUCAGGCUUGGGAAGAAUGAGAACACAAAAGACCGUUCACUAUUCUCACAUGUUAUCCACUGCAACGAAGGAGGAAGCAACUCUGGUCAUUUCACUGUUUCCCCAAGGAAAGGAGAGACUUGGGCUCUAUUCAAGAACUGGGAUAUCAACUGGUCUUCAGAACCUGAUUCUCACCGCAGCUAUGAGUAUGAGUUUGUUGAGAUCUUGUCAGAUUACACUGAUGGAGCUGGUGUAUAUGCUGCUAUCUUGCAUAAAGCAAAAGGCUUUGCAAGUGUCUUCUUCCCAAUGGGAACUGGUGAUGCAGACAAGUUUUACAUUUUACCUCACAGUUUGUACCGAUUCUACCAUAGGAUCCCUUCCUUCAAACUGACUGGAGUUGACGUCAAAGGUCUGCCAAAGUAUGCUUACGAGCUGGACCAAGCUGCGUUACCUGCAACAAUCGAAGAGGUAACCGUCCCUUCACAUCUAUUAGCAGAGUUUGCACCUCCAAAGCCAGAAGCUCUCUGCUUUCCUAUAAACGGAAAGGUUUUUAAAACUGGCCAAAUCUGGUCAUACAUCGGAAGCAAUGACAACAUGCCUCGAGACUACUGUAGGAUCCAUAAGAUCAGUGUGACUCAAACAUUUGAGCAGGCUCCAGUUUACAAAAUAGUCUCCUAUCGGUUAAAGGCUAAGCGUUUACCUGAGGAAGGCAUCAUCCCUUGGGAGGACAAGAAACUGCAUGUUAGUUGUGGAACUUUCUUGGUGAGUAAAGUUUUUGCAGCGCUCGCUCCGAAUAACUUUUCACAUCUGAUGGUGCCUCAAGCCUCCAUGGAAGGAAAUGAAUAUACGUAUACCAUUCUGCCUAAGGUUGGCCAAGUGUGGGCAAUAUACAGAUUCUGGAAUGGUUUCCUUGAAGAAACCUAUGAGGACUACGUCGUUGUGGAAGUUCUUGAUGAUGCCUUGGACUAUAAGGUUUUAGCGCUGGAGCCUGCGUUGCAGUUUAUUGAAGAGAAAGAGGGAAAGAGAGUUUUUGGAGCAGCUGAGAGUAGGCCACGUGAUUAUGAUGAUGGGGAUGAGGUGAUGUUUACAAUCCCAAAGUUGAAAGUGCUGAGAUUCUCUCAUCAGAUUGGUGCUUCCCGGGUAACUAAGGAGAUAGAUGGAGAGUUGAAAGAGCUUUUUGAGCUUGAUACUGCAGCAGUACCUGUAUUGUGAGGUGACAAGAGCGUUGAGCAACGGGUGUCAGAGAAGGAUAAGUCCCUUUUAUAUUAGCUUUUGGUGGGUUCUGACUCAAGUUUUGUUUUUGCUUUAAGAUCUAAGACCCUUUAAACUUCAAGACUAAAUCCAUGGUUUAUGUAUGUUUUUCUUUUGUUGGUUCAAAUAUAUGGAAACUCAUGAAUCUCCUGCGAUGGUGCGUAGGAAAAGAGCAGUGGUUUGGAUUAGACUGAGAAACUUA